AUGAACAGUUCUCAGGCUACAAAGUCCUGUGUGCUCAUCCUUCUUGUGGCCCUACUGUGUGCACAAAGAGCUCAGGGGCUGAAGUGCUACAAUUGCCAGGGGCUCCCUAUUGAGGCUACCUGUUCAUCAUCAAUUAACUGUUCUGAACCCAAUGGAGUCUGUGUUGCUCAGGAGGCAGAAGUUACUGUGGGCUCUAAAAUAACUAAAGUAAAGGGCAAUGCGUGCCUUCCAGAGUGCCCUAUUGAUCUUGAACAAAUCCCGAAGCUGGGUACUACUCUCCACAUGAAGGUUUUCUGUUGCAAUGAAGACCUCUGCAAUGCAAAAGUUCCCAUUGGAACCAGAACCCGGACCACAGCACGUCCAAGGAGUGCUUCUGUUCAGCCUGGGCUCAGGCCUCCUGCAAACCUUGCUGUGAUGGUCCUUCCACCGAUCCCCACUCUUAUCCUUUUAUCCUUAUGUCUUAUAACUGCAUCCCUGAGCCCUCUAGUGAUGAACUAUGAGUUAUAG